CGGCAACCCGCGUCAGCUAGCGCCAGUGUUGAACAGCGCUCAGCUGCAUCUUCAGGUGAAGAAAAAAUCGGGAGCUGCAGAUCCAGAACUGCCACUAGCCAAGUUCAUAGCGGGGAAACAAUCUAACAUUCCCUGAACAUUAUGCGUUUAAGCUGGAAACUAUUGAAAAUAAAUCUUCUCCGUUUUUUGUGCCUAUUCCAGUUUUCAAAGCCAGCAUGGGGUGAAAAUACAAACUCUCUGAAUCUGAAAGAUGUAGCUAACGAUCAUUUUAAUUUGAACCACCACCAUCAGCCUGCAAUAAAUUUCAUAUCGGGAAAUCUAAAUGCAUCUAUAAAAGAAAAUCAACUUUUACGAUCCCGUGAGGUUUUAAUGAAUUUAGAAAAUCCUCCGACCAACAAUAUAGAUACCAGUCAAUCGGCCGCGAAACGUGAAUUUUCGAGUAGAGGCAAUUUUGCUUCCCGCGGAGGGGAAUUGGUUUUUGAGUUACUGUCGUCUGCUGCCGCUACUGCGUCAUCAACUGCCACCUCUAAUGCGUCAUCGACUGCCACCGCUAAUGCGUCAUCGACUGCCACCAUUACUGCGUCCUUGCGCCACAGCGGAGGCCGCAGGAAGCCUAGGAAUGCAGUGAAGUCCACAGCACCCCUAGCGCCCCUGCAAAGUUGUGACGUCACAGGCCACGGCUAUCCAUGCUUGUUAUGGCCGCGUGCAAAAAAGAGCUGGGCUGCCGCUCACAGGCACUGUCGCCAGCAGGGCGGUUUCCUCUUCGACGACGACGUCGUGCAGCGGCAAACAGAAGGAUCCGACGGCCAAAUAAUGAGAGUUCGCGAGUACCUGCAAACUGUGAUGGUGAACAGAAGUUCUCUGGUGUGGACCAGCCUUACGAACCAUCGAGGGCAUUACCAGAGGAUCUCGCAGGUGCCACGCAUUGCAUCGUUCGUGAGCUGGGCAACAGAUGAAGAUGUUACAGAGCCACACUCGUCCCGAUGUCCAGCGCUGUCGGUGUACAGUGUCGAGGUCGAAUAUCGCUCAUCAUCAUGUGCUGAGGAGCUGACUUUUGCAUGCAUAGUGCAGCCAUCCUGGUAUCACCUUAAUGAGGCUGCAGGAGAUGUCAGCGAGAUGGAGCUGCGUGUUUCUUCGAGUGUCCAGACCUUGGAUUGGAUGGCCGUCUCUUCUGAAGAAUUUCUGAAACUCACUCUGUCAUGCGACCUCUAUAACAAAAGCAGCGGCGAGAAAAUAGUACCUAUGAACUGGAACGUCUUCUGGAAGAAGGAUUACGUGUACUUGGGAAUGAACUCAAGUACUAUCCAUCCGUCGACGGUGCACGACCCCAGCAAGUCCAGACUUCUUCCCGUGACCGGCCCCGGCGUGGAUAUGAUGCCCGUCAGACAAGGGACAUACUCGUGUGAGUCAUGGAGUCUUCACGGGAACGACACAAUUAAGAGCAAUGAAGUGUUGCUCACACUGAGAGAAUGGAAAACCUACAUCCUGAAUGUUUUCACACCAGAUUCGACAGCCGAUCCAGAACGCCUACUCAACAUUGUGGGAGGCAUUUAUAAACAUGAAUUUCCCUUCCUGGACGAAAUGCCGAAAGAUCUUAUUGUAAUUGAGAAUUACUCAAGUGGAUCAGAAUUACCGAGCUUGUUGUAUAAGUUUCAUCUGUACGCAAAAAUAUCUUCUGAAAUGGCAAUGGAUAUUAGAAUGACUCGCCUGAAUAAUAUCUUGGAAAAAAGUUUUCCUGGUUCUUCCAUUAAACUGGCUAUUGCCUGUAUAAGGGAACGUCAUAUCGACUCACGCCACAAUACUAUAACUUGGCCUUUCACUCAAGCAGGCCCAGUCUAUCCAGAACGAAUGCAAUGCCAGGCAAAGAAUGGCAGGCCCAUUCCAGGAAUAUGCACUCCAGACUUCAAUCACGGAGCUAAAAUAAUUCCUCCUCCAGCGCACGAAUGCCUAAGAUUCGAUGCCUGCCCUCGGGGUUACACUAACAUCUUGACUGAUCUUUGUGUGGCCGUCGUAGCCUCGGCAUCUUGGGCUCAAGCCUUUGAAAAUGCUUACGUGACAGGCAAAGAGAAUGAUAUAGUAGACGCAGAGCUCACGAAGGUCGAUGCUUCUACUUUUUAUGGUUUACUUACAAAGAUCCUGCAUGAGAAAUCGGGUCAAACCAUUUCUUGGGUGUCGCUCAAAAGGAUAAACAAAUUUGGUCCUCUGGUUUCCCUCAAGUCAGCUAAAAACAACAUUCAACUCAACAACAAUUUGUCUUGGGCUCCAGGUCAUCCAAUGUUUGAGAAGGAAUGCACAGGUGUUGAUUUCAUUUCUAGGCAGUUAUUCACUCUUUCCUGUAAUGAUUCCCUUCCUUACUUAACGAUGGUGAACAUUACAGAACUUGUUGAUGGUCUCACAUCACGGCUCUCUGCAGAAGAACUAGGACUUGUAACGAGUUCUCCUCAAUGUAAUAUGCGCCAUGAGCCUUCAUUAGCUCCUGUAUACGACACUGGUCGCUUCACGUGCAUAGUACCAAUGAACGCAACUCCUUCUAAUUUCGAAGAUGCUCACAGACGUUGUUCUAGCAUUGGAGCACAGCUACCAAAACCGUGGAUUGGAUUCAUGAACUGGGUCUACAAGAAACUUUUGGCGGACUUUCAUUUCCAGUUUGUUUAUAUGUCUUCAGGAAUCUUAAUAGGCACUGAAGACGAUCCUGAAAUACAAUAUUACAACUGGAUCCCUGAUCCUGACUUCCGAAAAACUGAUGGAAUAAUUGAGAGAAAUGGAUGGCGGCUCGUCAACAGCAGUAUCCAAGGCUCUCCCGGACUCCUUUGCGAAAUACGUGAAACGAGAACAGAGACACCUGUCCUCUCACUUUCCCUCUCAAACAAAGAACCAUUUGAUGUAGAAAUCACUAUGAUGAAGAAUGUGAUAGUUGGAUCUUUGAAAUGCUUCGUGAAUGGAUAUCUAAGACCUGUUUCAUUUUCGUCUUCUGUACAAAUGGUCGGAACAGUACAAGCACCCGAGUUUGCGAAGUAUGGUUAUUUCGACUGUUAUGCUUGGGCUGCUAAUCCUACGAGGUGGGUGAAAUCCAAUACAUUUUUAAAGCGUUACCCGGAAAACGUGCACGCGUUCGCAGUUAAGGUACAUUCCUCAGAAUCCGCUUACAAUUCUUCGGAAGAUGACAACACUUUCGUUUCUAAUGAAGCCAAGUAUAAUGAUUGCCUGGCUGCAAAAUUGCAAAUGGACCCUGAGCUAGAAUCUGGCUUGCACACAUCAACAAACCGCAUGUUUUCAUCUCCCGAUGGAUCUGUUACCGGUAAAUACGAGAACGUGCAUCUUUUCGUCAGCGCGAUAUCACCAGCCUACAAAACAGAUCACUCAUACAUACUCCAGAGACUCCAAACAGUAAGUGAAGAAUACAAAAACUGCGAGGUUGUGGAGGUCCGUCCGAUAAUUGGAUGUCCUAACGACGUUUAUUUUGAGUCCGGGUCAGGACAAUAUUUGAGUUUCAUGGAAACGGACAAUCCGGGAGAGUUCCUCCCUAUAGAACUAUGCGUAGACGAAAAUGGUAGUCCAGUUAGUCGAGCUUGCCUCGGAGGUUUCCAAGAAGGCUAUUUUUGGAGUGAUGUUCUGUCAGGAGUUUGCUCAGGAUCACUAUCGACAACAACUAAACUACUACACGAGUUAAAAAAUAAUAGUACGCUGCACAACUUGGCAAACUUAUCACGUUUAACGAAGAAUGCAAGAGGUCUUAUUGCCGCGGAUGUCCAUUACGCUGCCUUGGCGCUCCAAAGCGCCGCGCAACGUCCUCUGAACAGGAAUCACUCACAUGAACUCCAGCUGGAAGACUUGGUCUCAACUGUAGACAGUGUUUUAAGGGCUUCGAAUGAUAUUUUCCGAGACUUGCAUGAUCGUCUGAACACAACUAAUGUCUUUUUGGAAUCCAUUGAAGAACUGACGUUCAAAGUGAGCCUGGACGAUUCUAGUCACGAUAUAUUUAAAGAGGCAUCCGAGCCAUUGGUUUCUGUGAAACGUCUAGCCCUGUCUUCUGACUCGCCAAUAACUGGAUAUAUGGAUAUAAAAAUCAACGGUAAAAGUGAAACAAGAACUCUAAGUUCAGGUUUUGAUGAAAGUAAAAAUGAUGGGGUGAUGGCUAAAAUUGUUUUACCAAACCACCUUACGAAUAGAGUCCUGAGCCAAGUCCGCGACAACGGAAGCAAAACACGAGUAAAUUUGGCAUUCAUGGUUUAUCGAGACGGAAGUCUCUUUGUGGGAGACGACAGUGAUUACUCCCAGCACACCCUAAAUAGCUACGUGAUCCAGGCCACAUAUAAAGACUAUGAAGUACGAGAUUUGGAGCAGCCUGUCGUGGUCUCAUUUAAACCAUUGCUUGAAAGCAACGAUACAAUUUGUGUUUUUUGGGACUUCAAUAAGAAUGGUAGAAAAGGAGGCUGGUCGCAGGAUGGUUGCAUUAAAUCUAGUGAAAUCUCCAACCUAACAACGUGUUUUUGUAAUCAUCUUACUAACUUUGCGCUUCUUAUAAAUUUCAAUAAUAUAGAGCUCGACCAAAAACAUGCCAUAAUAUUAUCCUAUCUCACAACCAUCGGUGGACUUCUCUCUAUUUUCGGUUUGCUGAUGGUUUUCCUUACAUUUUGCUUGUUUAAAAAAUGGCGGCGAUCAUUGACAAACAAGAUAUUGGUCAACUUAUCGAUUGCAGUGUUUUUUAGCAUGGUAAUUUUUCUAGCUGGGAUCAAUCAAACUCAGAACUUGAUACUUUGCCGAAGCGUUGCCGUGUCUCUCCACUAUUUUAUUCUUGCCUCGUUCGGUUGGAUGUUGGUAGAAGGAGUCCACCAGUACCUUAAGUUUGUUAAAGUUUUUGCUAUUUACAUUCCUAGAUUCCUCUGGAAAGCUUCCAUGUGUGCUUGGGGUCUUCCUGUCAUACCAAUAGUAUGCAUGCUGGUUUACGACAGCGCUUUGUACGACAGUCGGGACCAGUACAGCCUAGGUACCCUCAUUUGCUGGAUUUCCCCAACAGGAUUCAAGUAUGGCUUCUUACCUCCUCUCGUGCUUACUCUCUCCAUAAAUUUGGUAUUGUAUAUCCUAAUAAUCAACGGAGCGGCGUGCCAGAGACCCAAAAUAGCAUCCAACAUGUCUGAUCGAAAUCUCAUGAUCAACCAGCUGAGCAUGGCCGUGUGCGUCUUCUUUUUACUCGGAUUUACAUGGAUCUUUGGUCUUUUGACCAUAACAGGUGGAGGGGCAGUUUUUCCAUACUUGUUUACGAUAUUCAAUACUUUGCAAGGAUUUUUUAUUUUCGUGUUCCACGUUUGUCGAGAGCGUUCAGUUCGGCGUCAAUGGUCGGCUUUCUUUUCGGUUGUGACUGGAAGUACAGUGGUUACAUCUUCUAACGCCUCUGCAGCCGUCUUCAGCCAUACGCGGAACACAAAUGGAACUUUCAAGAACAGAGCCAGUGCAAGGGCAUUGACAGCUCCUGACAGUCCUUUGGUUUUCACCCAAAAUGGCAAGGAGGUUAAAAACGAAAGUUUUUUCGUCAAUCAGAACAAUGUGAAACUUGUAUCAGCAACGACUGGAGAACCAUGACUGUAUCCAUCGGUGCAUGAUUGCGAAUUUCACGACAAUAUUAUUGUAAGCAGCAAAAUCAUAUUUUUAGAGAAUUUUGCACGGAAUGAGAUAUGUGAUAAUUUAGGCGUGUUUUUUUCAUAGGCGUGUUUUCAGCAAAAUAAGUUACAUAAGUCUACUUAUACCAGCUAAAAUCAGGUAUUAUUAGGCGGUGCGAAGAAUGCUUGACCACGAAAACCUUGUACAACGUCAAUCAGCUCUUCAUGCAACCAGUCAUGCAACCCUGCGAUAGUACGCAACCUGCAAUGUGGUGAUCAUAGUUUAUAGUGAUUUGAACUUUUCACAAGCUGUUCUUUCUCUGAAGAGUAGCAGAAAUAAAGGAAUGGAUCCUUGCUGAAUGGCUUUAUAUUUAGCAACUUUCAUAGCAUCAUCAUUGCUACUAGUAUUUCACAAGACAGAUACGUGGGCCCGGUUUCGUUGGCAAGUGACGGUACAAAUUCAUAUCUCAAAUCCUCAGGAUAAUAUUGUUUAAAUUUCUUCUCAACAUUGUUAUUGACAACAGUUAGUAUUGUAAUUAAGUCUUUGUGCAAAAAACAGUGCAAGUUUCAAACACUAAUAAAAAAACAGCACGAAACCGGCACAGGUACAAUGGGAGAUUGCGGGAAACAAGAAGGUUUCCCAUCUUGUGGGUACCCGCAAACGAGACUGAGCCACUUUCGAACGCGCUAAUAGCUCGUUCGUUCAAAUUCGCUUCUAGGACAUAAGACAAAUCUCGAAGUUUCAUUGCUUCAUUGCUUCAUAUCUCGAAGUUUCAUUGCUUUUUUGAUUCGUAGAUUUAAAUUUGAACAAGUUUUGAAUUUUUCCACAAACAUAUCCGUUUCUGAAAGCUCAAAAUAUAUAUAUUUUUUUAUUUUCCUUGAUUGACCGCUUUUCGACCCUGUACCAAUUUAUUGACCCUUUAAGUUCCGUCUUCGACCCCAUGAGGUCGAUAUCGCCCGAGCUACUGACCCCUGUAGAAGAAUAAUGCCACAGGCUCUUUUCAAAGAAGUGGCAUACGUAACAGCCAUUAAGGCAACAAUAUAAGAAGUGAAUCUCGACCCAGCCUCGAGAAGAUUGGUUCGAAGUGGAAAUAGUGAACGAACUUGAAGUAAAUGCUGCGGUUGCAAUUAAAAAAAUUCGAUGAAAAUUUUUGUUUCGUGGUAAAUCCCUAAC